UGGAGCUCGAAGUUCAUCUCUUGUGGAAGUUUUACUUGUCCGUUGUAAUAGGAGUCAUGUGUCAAUGGUUCGUGGACUUCUGUCUUUUUCCUUCAUAGUUGUUUACUUGCCGUGUUUCUGUCAUUAACUGUAGAUUGCAGCACGGGUCUGUUGAGUAUUAGUUUCAUUCCAUUCUGGAAUUAAUAAUAUGCUACUUAACCCAGUGCGGAGGUUUCGAUUUUUUUUAUAGAACAAGGCGUUAUAGUCUGGUAACGGAAAAAGUGCUUCGACAGACGGGUGAAGAUAACCAAAUGUUGUUCUACAGGUAGUUUGGAGAGAUUAUUUUGUAUGGAGGUGAGAAACUGGUCAGCAGCUCUGAAAGCGUGUGUUCUCCACAGUGGUUCAUGGGGUCAGUGUUGUUUUCCAACGCGUCAGUAGAACGAAACUGAUACUCGUCUGGUCUUAAGUGGAAUUAAUGUGGCAAAUAUGAGUGAGUAGCUUCCAUAGCACGAUGGUUCAGUACUAAAAAAGUUAACUAGACUGACCAAACAAACAAAUUUGUGGGCCUGCACAAGAACGAUCCAUUCACAAGGAAGGCAGUUCGUCUAGUAUACUGACAGUAGGAAGGUCAAUUUCUAUUUCUAAUAAUUUGGCUGAAGAAUGACUAAUUCUUGUGCUGAAGUUACGAGGGCUCUAUGAUGGAAGACCCUUCCUAAUCGUAGGAUUUAUAGUCACGAGAGAGGAGCUGAAAGUAUACCCGAUCAGAAAGUGUUUUAUAAUCUUCUGUACACCUUUAUAGUCUCUGUUUUAUUUAAACACUUUUUGUGCACUAUGAAGCUACGACUUCACAGGAAAAAUACUCUCUUAACUCUUAUAGUUUUAAUGGGUUUCAGCAUCGUGCUGUAUAGUUUACUGUGGAGGACUAGUGGGGAGGCAAAGCCUGGCUCAAGAGAUGAAGUAAGAAAAAUACCGCAAGUUUCAGCGGGGGUUUCCACAAAAAGAGGUUUCCCACUGCUGUCUGGGAGUCUGACAGACAUGCGUAAGUCAGUAUACGAGAACAAUUUUCAGCAGAAAGUGCUGAACAUGAACACUGACCACAUCAAAGGUGACUUGGAUCUUGUUUUGGUUGUUCAAGUCCAUAACCGGCCUGCCUACCUGCGUAUGUUCCUGGAGUCCUUGCGUCAGGCUGCUGAUGUUGAACGGAUCUUGUUGGUUCUGAGUCUCGAUUAUCUGUCUGAAGAACUUGAAAAAAUCAUUCAUAACGUCACUUUUUGCCGGGUUGUGCAGAUUUGCUUUCCUUAUAGCUUGCAGCUCUAUCCAGAGGAGUUCCCUGGCCAGGACCCAGCCGACUGUCCCCGGGACAUUUCCAAAGCUGAUGCUUUGCAACAGGGCUGCAAAAAUGCAGAGUAUCCAGACUCUUUUGGCCAUUACCGGGAAGCCGUCUUUACUCAAACUAAGCAUCACUGGUGGUGGAAGUUGCACUUUGUAUGGGAACGACUUGAAGCAUUGCAUGGCUACAGUGGUCAUGCAAUAUUUUUGGAGGAAGAUAACUAUGUUCUACCAGAUUUUGUUCCCUUUUUUAAGGAGAUGGAACAGCUGCAGAAAAAACAGUGUCCAGAGUGUCAUAUUCUGGCACUGGGCAGUCAGGAGGGCCUGCCUGCUGAGAAGCAAAGCAUAAGUGGGGUUGUGGAUAUAAUUAGCUGGAAGUCUACCAAGCAUAACUUGGGCAUGGGAAUGAACCGCCAAGUAUAUUACAUUCUGAUGGGUUGCUCCAGAGAGUUCUGCGCUUACGAUGACUACAACUGGGAUUGGACGUUGCAGCACUUGUCUGCUAAUUGCCUCACAAAACCUCUUAAAGUGAUGGUGCCACAGCUUCCCAGGCUGUUCCACACUGGUGACUGUGGGAUGCACCAGUCUGAGGCCUGUGAUCCUGAUUUUGCCUUCCACAAAAUGAAGGCAAUUGUUGAGUCCAGUGGAAGUCACCUUUUUCCUAAAUCACUAACUGUUGGUAUUAAUCAGGAAGCAGUGGGUAGCCCUCCUGCUAUGAAAAAUGGUGGUUGGGGGGAUGUACGGGAUCAUGCCCUCUGCAAUAGUUACUCCAAACUAUAACAGAGAACCAAAUGAGAUGAAAAGCACAUUGGGAAUGUAACCCUUUUCACUUUUAACAUGACUUUUGUUUUGAUUUGGACUUAUUUCUCACCCCCAUCACCCUUUUUCUCCUGUGUCUCUGAGAUGACCAUCAUUUCUUAGGAAGCCUUUUUUUUUUUUUUUUUUUUUUUUUUUUUUUUUUUUUUUUUUUUUGUGUGCUACUUUUACUGAUACAGUGUGUUUCCUUACUUGCUUGCACUGUGUGUGACUGGAUUGGAUGUGAUAGGUUGUUUGUACCAGCAUGUGGUUAUGUUGCUGUAUCAGCAUUUUAAUUAACUUCACUCAGCAAGUCAGCAAUACAGCUUUGUGUAAGAUAAAGUAGGGUUACACACUGUGAACAUAGUACCAGAUUUUAAGCAAUUAUUGCAUCAUCAUUUCUUGGAAAGUGAAGGCCAGUUUGACUUUCAGUUUGUGGAAAUGCCUGGGUUGUCCUCCUUGUUUGGGGGCAUUAAUUAACCUACGGGUUACACAGAUGUUGCCAAAGAUUUUUUUAAUCUUUUAAUUUAAAAAUCCAUUUGUUUUCUCGCUGGAAACACAAGUUUUUAAAAUAGUAGACUCAAAGCGUGGAGAAUGUGGUUGUAAUAAUGCAUUGGAGGUUGUUUUAUUAGGAACUGUGUUUUACCUGGGGUGGCUUAAGUGGUGUGUAGCAAAAUGAGAUUUAACUUUUUUUUUUUUUUUAAUACUGAAAUGUGUACUGUUUUUUGUUAGUUACACAUGUUUACAGUAAGGUGACUAUAAUGGAGAAAUACCACUUUCAUUUAAUUAUAAAUGUGUAAUUCUAUAAAGAAUAAACUAUUUUUACAUUC